AUGCCCGGCUUCUCACAGGCCACCGAUCUCAAAGCAUGGCAAGCUCUCGUCGACCACCACAACAAGGUGGGCCGCAACAUUAUCCUAAAGGAAUGUUUCCAGGAUGAUCCUCAGCGGUUCGAGAAGUUCAAGAGGAUCUUCAAGAACUCGGCCGACGACUCUGAGAUCCUGUUCGACUUCUCCAAGAACUUCAUCACCGAAGAGACCCUCGACCUCCUCAUUAACCUGGCCAAAGAAGCCAAUCUGGAACAACUGCGGGAUGAGAUGUUUGCCGGUGACCAGAUCAACUUCACCGAGAAGAGAGCUGUCUACCAUGUGGCCCUCCGAAAUGUUACAAACCAGCCCAUGGCUGUCGAUGGCAAGAGUGUCGUCGAGGAGACCGACUCGGUCCUGGAACACAUGAAGGAAUUCUCGGAAGCAAUCCGACGUGGUUCGUGGACGGGAUACACGGGCAAGAAGUUGACCACCAUCAUCAACAUCGGGAUUGGAGGCUCUGACCUCGGUCCGGUCAUGGUCUCCGAAGCUUUGAAGCCAUAUGGCGACAGAAACAUGACCCUCCACUUCGUCUCCAACAUUGACGGUACUCACAUCGCUGAAGCCCUCAGGGAUGCCAAUCCCGAGACCACCCUCUUCCUCAUUGCUUCCAAGACCUUCACUACCGCAGAGACCACGACCAAUGCCAACACAGCGAAGAAAUGGUUCUUGCAGUCGGCCACGGAAUCAGAUAUUGCCAAACACUUCGUUGCUCUCUCCACGAACGCCGAAGAAGUCGGCAAAUUUGGGAUUGAUACCAAGAACAUGUUUGGCUUCGAAAGCUGGGUUGGUGGCAGAUACUCUGUGUGGUCUGCAAUCGGGUUGUCUGUCUGCCUGUACAUUGGCUACGAUAACUUCCGUCAAUUCCUGGCCGGUGGCCACGCCAUGGAUCAACAUUUCAAGACCGCUCCUUUGCACGAGAACAUCCCUGUCAUUGCCGGCCUUCUCAGUGUGUGGUACUCCGAUUUCUUCGGCGCUCAGACCCAUCUCGUGGCUCCAUUUGACCAAUACAUGCACCGUUUUCCAGCCUACCUGCAACAAUUGACCAUGGAAUCCAACGGCAAGGCAGUCACCCGAACAGGCGAGUAUGUGAAGUACACCACCGGAUCCAUCUUCUUCGGUGAGCCGGCCACCAACGCACAACACUCUUUCUUCCAGCUCUUGCACCAGGGUACCAAGCUCAUUCCCACCGACUUCAUCAUGGCCGCUCGAUCUCACAACCCGGUUGAAGGAGGCAAGCACCAAAUCAUGCUGGCAUCCAACUUUCUUGCCCAAGCAGAAGCUUUGAUGGUUGGCAAGACACCCGAACAAGUCAAAGCUGAAGGUGCCCCUGAUGAAUUGAUCUCCCACAAGACUUUCCUCGGAAAUCGGCCUACCACCAACAUCUUGGCGGAGAUGAUCACACCAGGAGCUCUCGGUGCGUUGAUCGCCUACUAUGAGCACAUGGUCUUCACCGAAGGCGCCAUCUGGAACAUCAACAGUUUCGACCAGUGGGGUGUCGAGUUGGGCAAGGUCUUGGCCAAGAAGAUCCAGAAGGAACUUGAGACGGCGGGUGCAGGAGCUGAUCACGAUUCCUCGACUGCCGGAUUGCUCGCUGCGUUCAAGGCCAAGAACGAUCUGAAAUGA